AUGCAUCUACAACCUCAUUUUGCGCAAUGUGCGCUGCUCGCUGCGAUCACCUUAGCAAAUGCACAGCUGCCGUUCGAAGCUCCCGACAACGCUGUUCCAGCUCCUGUUGAUUUCGUUGGCUUUGGGUUUGAAACAGCGUUCAUGAACAACUUUGCCAACGAUUUUAGCUACAACAUGCUUAAUUCAGUUUCCACACGGCUUAACACACCGCUAACAAUUCGCAUUGGUGGGACUAGCGGCGACCGUGUUCUCUUCGACCCAAGCCAGGGAGAAACGGCAGUCUGUAUCGCUGGUGACUGUCCACUUGGCUCAGCAGCGACAUACAUACUAGGGCCUACCUAUUUCAACGGUUUUAAGGGCUUUCAAGGCUUUAACAUGACUUUCCAGGCCCCACUAGGUCCUGUCCUCAAUAUCUCAAACACUCUUGCCUAUGCCACUCAAGCCUACGACAACAUCGGCGAAGAUCGUUUAGCUGCGGUCGCUAUCGGCAACGAGCCUAAUCUUUAUCCUAUACAGUACAGGAUCAGUUAUACCCUCGGCCAGUAUGUCAACGAUGUGAAAACUGUCAUGAAUUAUAUUUCGCAGACAUUGGGGUUCUAUACAUCAGGCAAUAAUAUAUAUGAGGUUCUUAAUCUUGCAGCAGGAAGCCGUCCUUCUGACUUAAUCGACGCAUUUGAAGACGGCCUCAACAGCUUUGGGAAUGUCAAAGUUGCCGCUCUACACUGGUAUCAGCUACAGAAUUACUGCACUACUCUAGCGCAACAGCAGUUUUAUCUUAUGAACCAUACUAUUACCACUUCAUUGUUUGAUUCAUGCAAUUCUCAAAUCGACUACCUGAAUACAAACGACCCAGAGGUCCGUUUUGUGCUAAGCGAAACUGGUUCUGGGCUACGGAGUGCUAUCGCGGUCCAGGGCGGCUUUGGGGCGGCACUCUGGUCCAUUGACUUCCGGCUAUACAGUUUGACACAGGGCGUUGCUCGAGUUGAUGCUACGCAACGCCCUGCAGCACUGCAUAGCUACUGGGUCCCAGACAACUCUGCCGGAUAUGUGAAUCCUGGUCCACAAGUACGUGCCCCCUGGUAUGCCCUACCGUUUAUCGCAGACUUUUUGGGGCAAAAGCCAGGCAAGGUAGCCGAAGUAGAUUUAGGAUCAGAUACGCUUACUGCGUACGCGAUUUAUGAUGCAAACACCAACGCUGUUUCUAAAGUCGCGUUGCUUAACCUUCGCGUCUGGGUUGCAGGUGAAAGCACCAAUAAUCGAGGAUUGGAAAACGUUUCUUUCCCACUUCCCGUCAACAACAUCUCCUACACAGUGCGGCGCCUACAGUCUGCUGCGGGAGCCCAGGCGAUGGGAUUCGACUACGGUGGACCAGAACAGAGUAUUACCUGGGCCGGUGAGGAAUGGAGCUACUCAGUUGAUCAAGGCAGAGGGCAUUCAGUGGAAGGUGUGGUGCCAGUGGAAACAUAUACUGUCACUGAUGGGGAGGUGGAGGUUGCAAUUUUGGAUAGUGAGGCUAUUAUAAUUAAUUUUGGAGGAUUGUAG